AUGCGCCGAGCCGCCCGGGGCUGCAGUGCGGGCUCGGGGGAGCGCGGCCAUGGCGCGGUACCUGCUUCGGCAGUACUGGGACAUCCCCGACGGCACCGAGUGCCACCGCAAGGCCUUUGCCAGCACCAGCAUCACCGGCACCAUCGGCCUGGUUGCCUCUGCCUACAGCCUGGCGCUCAACCCUCCGGGUACUUUCUUAGAAGGGCUGGCCCGGGCAGGCCGGUACACGUUUACCGCAGCCGCCAUUGGCGCCAUGUUCGGCCUGUCCUCCUGCAUCACUGCCCAGGUCCGGGAUGAGCCAGACGACCCCCUGAACUACUUCAUCGGAGGCUGUGCUGGAGGCCUGACCCUGGGGGCACGCAGUGAGUGAAUCCCCCACCCCAUACCCAGGG